AUCGCCGAAACAUUCCAGCUUAAGCUGGCUAUUAUUGACUCAUCUUCAUUAAUUUACUAAGCGCGGGCGUGGUGUGUUGUUGUGUAUUUGAUAUUUUAGUUUAUUAUUAUGCUAGCAUUCAAAUUAAUUUUAUUUGCACUAGUAAUAUCUAAUGGCGUGUUAGGCCGUGACACUCGCAGAAGAAGCACAAGCCUCAAACAAGCUGAAGAUGAAUACAAGUAUAAUCACCCACCGACGCCGCAAGAAGCAAUACCAGUAGCAGUGGUCUAUGAAAAUGAAAGCAACCGCGAAGAUAAAUCAAUUACAGGUGAUAUUACACCAGAUAAAGGUACUGAUGAUGUGAGUACAGAGCCACAAAGUAAAUUAGAUUCAGAUGUAAAACCAGAAUCCACUUCCACUGUAAAAGUCAGUAAUGAUGAAAUAGAGCUUACGAAACCAUCUAACGUCGAGGAAAAAGAACUUAAAGUAACUACUUACAGACCUCAAAUAGAACGUCAUAUACCGGUAGCUGUUGUUUAUGAUCCAGAACCAACAUAUCAAAAGCCUAUAUCAAACAGAAAUAGGGCUACAAAUAAAAGAAAAAGAAUCCAAGAGCCUGCUGUGGAAGAAAAACAUACAGAAGAAGAAGAAGACAAUACUAGCUUUACUCCGCAAGUGAACGGACAUACUGGCCCUUUGAUUCCAUCUGCGAACAGAAAUGUAGACUUAGAUAAGAGGCGAAAACACCGCCGGCCUGUUGUGGAGAAGCAAACUGUUGCCACACCUAUUCUCAAUGGGACUAUAUUCACACUAUCAAAACAUCUGUCUAUUGAAACAGAGAUGCCAAGCAAUUUCCACAAACCUACUAAUGAAGAAGCUAAAGUUUCUCAUGGAAAGGAAAUCUCCACCAACCCAAUAGUAAAUAAACACGAACAAUUGAACACACAAGACGAAAUACAACGCGUUAAAUCAGAAAUAAAAAUAUCUAAAGACAGCAAAAAACGUCCUAGUAUAAUAGAAGAUAAAAACAAUCUAAUCGUUAAGGCUGAUAAAGCAAGAAAACCGAAUACAGACCAUAGUGAACAAUUUAAACGUGACAACUCAACACGAGUCCGUGAAGUAAUUCCAAUUGUUCAGUCCGAAAAUGUUGUAUUUUCACAUUCUGGAAACUUCAAAUACAGUUAUGAGGGAGGUGAUGGAACAAAAGCCUUCGAAGCGGGAGAACUCAAAACCUUUGAUGAUGAGACCGCCGGAGAAGCCGUCAGCGGUGGUUUUUCUUAUACGGCUAAAGAUGGCAACGAGUACAGCCUGUCCUACACAGCAGAUGAGAACGGCUACCGGCCCGUGGGCGCGCACCUGCCUACGCCGCCCCCCAUCCCGCCCGCCAUAGCACGUGCGCUCGCCUACUUAGCUACCAAGACAACUCCUGAACCGGUCACGGAGUCUUUAGCAGAAGAUGAUGCUUAAAUUAUUUAAGGAAUUUAAUUAUAGGUAAAGAAUGAGUAUUUUGAAAUUACAUUCUCUUUUAUUACGCCCCUCAGUCCUUCUAUACCACACAUGAAGUUAUUCUGCUACGAAGACUUAGGCAAGAGAGCUACAUUAAUCAUACCUUGUACAUUAUAACUUACACAGAUAAAGAGACUUGCUAGGUAUAAAGUAGUUGAGAAUUGUAAAGUUUUAUGAAAGUAGAAUUUUAUUAAUAUUUAAGAUCUCUAUAAAGAUUUCUAUCCUACAAAA